CGCUGUGGCGGAAAGAUGGCGGCCGCCAUGGCGUGAAGGGCCGCGGGAGCCGGGCCGGGCCGGGCCCCGUAUGGAGGCCGAGGCGCCGACGCUGCGGCCGCGCCGCAUCCAGAACCAGAACGUGAUCUACCGGCUGGAGCGGCGGCGCCUGAGCUCGGGCCGCGCGGGGACGCACUGGCACCAGGUGCGCGUCUUCCACCAGAACGUCUUCCCCAACUUCACAGUGGUGAACGUGGAGAAGCCGCCCUGCUUUCUGCGCAAGUUCUCGCCUGACGGCCGCUACUUCAUCGCCUUCUCGUCCGACCAGACCUCGCUCGAGAUCUACGAGUACCAGGGCUGCCAGGCGGCCGAGGACCUGCUGCAGGGCUACGAGGGCGAGAUCCUGGCCAAUGGCAACGACCAGCGCUCUGUCAACCUGCGUGGGCGGCUCUUCGAGCGCUUCUUCGUGCUGCUGCACAUCACCAACGUGGCGUCCAAUGGCGAGCACCUGAACCGCGAGUGCAGCCUCUUCACGGACGACUGCCGCUAUGUCAUUGUGGGCUCGGCCGCCUACCUGCCCGAGGAGCCGCACCCACCCUUCUUCGAGGUGUACCGCAACAGUGAGUCCGUGACGCCCAACCCCCGGUCGCCCUUGGAGGACUAUUCCCUGCACAUCAUCGACUUGCACACGGGCCGGCUGUGCGACACAAGGACGUUCAAGUGUGACAAGGUCAUUCUGUCUCACAAUCAGGGGCUCUACCUCUACAAGAACAUCCUGGCCAUCCUCUCUGUGCAGCAGCAGACCAUCCACGUCUUUCAGGUGACGCCCGAGGGGACCUUCAUCGACGUGCGGACCAUUGGGCGCUUCUGCUACGAGGAUGAUCUCCUGACUCUGUCGGCCGUCUAUCCAGAAGUGCAGCGGGACACGCAGACGGGGAUGGCGAACCCCUACAAAGAGCCCUUCAUCAACUCUCUCAAGCACCGGCUUUUGGUUUACUUGUGGAGGAGGGCGGAGCAGGACGGCAGCGCAAUGGCCAAGAGGAGGUUCUUUCAGUACUUCGAUCAGUUGAGGCAGCUCCGCAUGUGGAAGAUGCAGCUGUUAGAUGAGAACCACCUGUUUAUCAAAUAUACGAGUGAAGAUGUGGUAACCUUGCGGGUGACAGACCCCUCCCAGCCCUCCUUCUUUGUGGUGUACAACAUGGUUACCACAGAGGUUAUUGCUGUGUUUGAGAAUACUUCAGAUGAGCUUCUGGAGCUCUUUGAGAACUUCUGUGACCUCUUCAGGAAUGCCACCCUGCACAGCGAGGCUGUCCAGUUCCCCUGCUCUGCCUCCAGCAACAACUUUGCCAGACAGAUCCAGCGCCGGUUUAAGGACACGAUUGUGAAUGCAAAGUAUGGAGGGCACACGGAAGCCGUGCGGAGGCUGCUGGGCCAACUCCCGAUAAGUGCUCAGUCUUACAGUGGCAGUCCCUACCUGGACCUCUCCCUUUUCAGCUAUGAUGACAAGUGGGUGUCAGUCAUGGAACGGCCCAAGACGUGUGGAGACCACCCCAUAAGAUUCUAUGCCCGGGAUUCUGGCCUCCUGAAGUUUGAAAUCCAGGCAGGACUUUUGGGUCGACCCAUCAAUCACACUGUGCGACGCCUGGUUGCAUUCACCUUCCACCCCUUUGAGCCCUUUGCCAUCUCAGUGCAAAGGACUAAUGCAGAAUAUGUUGUUAACUUCCACAUGAGGCACAGUUGCACAUAGUACAGUCUAGAGCUGGGGCAGCUGCUGCUACCAAAUACAUGCUUUUGUCAUGGACACACCAAAGCCAGAUGUUCAUGCCUUCUGGGAUACCAAACUGUCAUUCACUGGAAAAAACCCUGACCUGGAAGCUCUUACCAACCACCAUAAUUUCUCUGGACUGAUACUGAUUCCUCUUGGCUGAUACUUGCAGGCCAGCCAGCUCCUGAAAGCAAAUCCCACUGAGUUCUGAAGGGGCCAUCUUGACAGGAGAUUAGUCAUGUGAAUGCUGCUCUUUAUCAUGACCACCUGGUUUGCACUAUUGCAUUAAAUCCUGUACCUUUUUCCCCUGUGCUUAUUGGCAAACCAGAUGUGGCUGAGAAACCCCUCCUGUUUCCCUGAGAGGCAGUUCCUUUUUCUCUUGCGUUGUCUGUUUUGUGCUAGCACAGGCCAAGCUGUCUGCCAUCUACAUUGAUUGCUUCUUUCUGUAUCGAUGCCCUUCCACAUUUUUGAGAAAAGUAAUCAGUCUGGAAGGGGGAGAAGAGGAGCUGCAGCAGGGUGGUUUUUUGUUGUGUUUGAAAUUUAAGUGAUAACAGGGAAACAAAACUAACUCUUGUUCUAGUUCACGCAGUGCACACAGACUACUUCAAUAUGCAAGGUGUGAGAGGAGAAAGGCCUGUGAGGAGCGCCGUUAGAGCAGGUCCCGGAGUUCAGAGAGAGGCGUUCCAGACCUGAUUCUUAUGCAAGUCACUUUAUGUGCCUUAGUGUCUGCAGAGCAGUGUGACCCCCCCCCCCCGCAGAGGGAAGGUGGUGCAUUAGUUCAAAGGGAAGGAAACUGGAGAAGUUGAAUGGGGAGUUAGAGGAGCUGGAGGCUAGGGUGGGAACUAGGUAGUGAUUAGCAGGGAUGCGUGAGAGAGCUUUGGAGAUGGAUGGUCGCUUUUGGUUUUUUUGUUUGUGGCAAGAGACUUGAUACCUUAAGGGGAAAUGCUGCACACAGGGAACAUGUCCCAAGUGGUAUUUUCACCUUCUCUAGUACCAGGACUCUGCUGUUCUGGGUGAGAAAGGAGGGGCAGCCACUGUCACCCUCUGUCAUUGGCUCUGGGUGUGCACAUCAGGCCCAUGAUUGUGGGGAACUAAUUUAGAUUAGGUGCAUUCUGGGUUUUGCGCAGGGAGACUUCAUCUGUAUUGCUGGGGGCUUGUUGCUGGACGUUGGACUUUUUGCUGACUUGAUGUUGUCUAUCCUCUCCCAGGUCACACGCUGUUCUCUGCAAGAACUGGAAGUGACAUGGCAAGAGGUUUCAUUUGCUGGGAUCAAAGCACAGCUGUUUCACAUUAGAUUCAUUGCAAGCUUGAUCUCUGCAGUAUCUGCAGUGUUUGAAGGAUGAGCUACUGGAUUUCAGCAAAGAUCUGAAUCCAAAUGCUUGUGGGUCUGAGCUUGUGUACUUAAAUGCCAGCUCACCUAGUUCUGAAGCUGACUAGGUGGUUGGCUGCACUUUUACUUUGUACAUCAUCCUAGCACUCGUAUAUCUUAUGUAUGUUGUUAAAGAAUGCAGUCCUCAUAGGUUACAAAGAGCUUAUGAAAAGCGCCACUUUGGCAACAUGGGAGACUAGUGUUCAUCCAUUCAUGUGACAAGCACAGCACAGUUAGUGAUGGGGCAAACAUGUCCUUGUAAAGGUGCCUGCUUUGAAGAAAAGGGGAGUUGUAUCUCAUGGACCACUGAGAUUUUGGUAUCUCCACUCUGCUACUAACACUGGGGCCAGUUGGGUUCUGGUUACUUGUCCACUAAGGAAGUUGUGAGAUCACAGAUUUUUGUCACAUAAUUCACUGAAUAGCCAGCAGAUCUUUGUAUUUUUGGUACUGUUGACCUGGCAGGGUUUGGAUACCUUAUUCCCGAAGCCUUGAGCCAUCCUAUCCCCUAGAGAUUUAUCAGCCCAGAUUCUGUAGCCCAGAAUGCAAUUUCACAGUUUUAGGGAUUUUCCCCUACAAUCUCUUUCUCAAAAAACUUUCUAUUAAAGCUCAAAGUAGGGAGUCUUUGUACGUUUCAUCUUGUUGUAACUCAGUGUAGCUGCUUGGUAACUGAAUUAUCACUUCCUGAAUACACGUGGACUUGCCAAAAGUGUUCCAUCUUUAUUACUCUCUUGUCAAUAUAUUUUUUGGUCUUUUCCAAAGUACUCAGCAGCUCUGACCAUGAUUCAGUUAACUCCUUGAUGUCACUAGCUAGUACAUCUAUGACUGUCUGAUGUGUUGACUUUCCUAAGCGGAAUAUAUAUAUUCCACUUAGGGAAGGGCAGGAAGCAUGGGGUGCUGAACAGGACAUGGGAUUUGGAGACAUUCCUCAUUCUGCACUAAACUGAUGUGCAAGUGUCACUGGUAACUUCUCUGUGCUGCUGCUUCCUCCUCUGCAAGUGGAGAUGACACAUCCCUGCCUCUGGAAGGUGCUUUGAGACCCAUGGCCAAGAAGUGCCAGAUAAGUGCUAAGUAUUUUCUUAAUGUUUUUAAAUGACUUGACUGAUCCUUCUGAGGAGCACUGAUUGCCUUGGUGCAGCACUGGAGAUUCAGUGCCAAGGGUUGCUGCAUUUUAUAUCUUGAGCAAAAAGUUGAUUUUACUACAGGAGCUUAUUGAUAAAGAAGCCUCUCCCUGAGUCUCACACUUAACGUUCUGACUCUUUUAUUUAAGACACAAAAAAUGUAUGUGUGUGUGUAUGGGGAAAAAGGACAAAUAUUUUCUGCUAAUAUUUUUACUAGAUUAGGAUGAGAACUUGUUAGCCACACAAAUAAACAGAAUAAAUGAGAACUUGUUUACAAGUCUGACUCAUCUCCUUUGUUUUCCACACUCUCCUGGGAGAUAUCAGUGGUAAAUGGAGUCUUUUUAUGAGAGAGAAUUGUAGAGGUAUGCUUGGCCGUGGGGAAGGUACAUGUAUGUUGUUCCCCCUUUUCCAAAAGCAGUCAAUCUGUUGUGCUGAUGUUUUACCCCAGAGUGGUAUGGAAGCUGUUACAGAGCCACGUGUGGAGACAAAAGCACAAGCUAAUGCCAGAGGUGAGAUGCAUUUUUUUUUUUGUUCCCAUUUCUGUUUCCAAGUUGCUCUUACCAUUUGUGACCCAGACAUUUUUCUUCCUCUCUGUUCCUAGGUUUCAUCCUGGGGCUAUUUCAUCACUUAUUUCUGAGACAUCAGCACAAGAAAGUGAAGCCAAUAUGAAUGACUUGGCAGGCCUAUUGCUGCUUGUAAUUUGGGUCAGAAAACCUUGGACUUUUUGUUUUAACCACAUGCACCUCCCAGAUGGCAAGUACCACUGCUGAGCUCUAUCUGUGGCUGAGAAUGCACAAGCUGGGUCUUUCCAAGACGAUUAAGCCUUUCACUCAGCUGGGCACCGAUUGCUCAGUGAGUGGUCCCUGACUCAAGAUGGAAAGCACCUGGGGAGUCCAGUCACUUCUUUGUUUUCUAGGUACUGUCCCUCUUUUGUGUGCACAAUUGUUUCUCCAGCAGCUUCUCAAGCUGGUGUCAAAACAAUUCCAUAAAAGCCCUUUGGCACUGAGUAGUCCCUAGUUCAGGUCAGCUUGGCACAAACUGGUAGAAAUACUCUUUCCUUGAAAAAGGGCAUGCAUUGGCUAAACAGUGAAAUUCUCUUUUUUCCUUGCUACUUGAGAGUUCUGGUAGAAAAAAACACGUAGGGCAGUUGUGCAAGGAUUAUCUAUAGCAACAUUAGGCCAGAAGCUACAGAAACUGCGGCAGAAUCAAAAAUACAGGCUGCUGUACCUCCAUAAAUCAAUUUAAUCGCAAAUUCCUUCUGAAGACUCCUUUCAAUUAACCUUCUAGCACUGACUUCCUCUCUUCCACUUCUGCUCUCUUUCUUGACUUUGCUCCCUUGUGCUCCCCAUGUAAUUACAGAACCUUGCUUCUGUGCACACACUCUGAAGUGUGUCUGUUAUGCUCAUUUCAGGCGCUUUUGACACACAAGAAAGAUUCAGAUUUGCAGCCUUUUGUUCCUGGGGCCCACCCUGUUUAUUCUCUUCCUCCAGCCCUUUUAGCAGGAUCUUUGUCACCCUGGUGGGAAAGAAGAUGAAGUUAGUGAGGUGCAGUAAAGCCAGGAAGGCAGGGAACUUGCAGCAAACCAGCAGCCUUUUUCCAGUUAAAUAUUGUAGGAGAUGGGCGAACACCACAGAAAAAUGUUUAAAUGAGGGUAAUCAAAUUUUGUGCUGGGGGUGGUGGUCUGCAUUACUCCAUUGCGUUUCCGGAUCCUGGUCAUUAAUGUGUCAUUAUUGCUGUGUCUUUUUGUCUAUUUGACAUGGUUCUGAAAGUUGUCUCUUUGUUGUCAUUGAGGAUUAUCUUGCUAAAAGAAGGAAACAGAACGAUUGACUCUACCACGCUACUGAGAUGUGUAGUCAGGCAAGUUGGGGGG